GGCCGCCCCUUGACCUGCAACACUGUCCAGAAGCCGCCACGGAUCAUCUGCACAUCAUCAGCGUGGCUAGGAAACUGGGACGCUGUCCUCAGGACAACGAAGGAGAAUCGGACAGCAAGCAUCUUCCGAGUAUGCUGUCCGUAAGCACGAUAGCGGGGCAUGUGCCACACAUCCCGAGCCCAUUUGUCAAUGCCUGGGGAGUAGCGGACGAGGACCAAAUAAUAAGGGACACGUGCCCCGAGCCAGAGGAGAAGUAAAUCGAUCGAGAAGCAGAAUCGCUCAAGAAUGCCGAUCCCUACGCUCCAUCGAUCAGCCGCUACUGCUCUCGGUUUCGUACCAGUUUCUCUCGACGCGUUAGCUUUUCGUAGAGCGAAUCUUGUGGGGGCGAGGAAGUCGAUCAAUUUGACGAGGGGAAGAAAGAGUGUCGGGCAUUGUUGCGCUAUGGCCGAAACGAGCGAAGGAUUGACGUCCACAUCCGACCCGCAACACGUCGUGAUCUGCGGGGCCGGUGUCAUCGGAUCGUGCACGGCGUAUUAUCUCGCCAAGAGAGGUGCGCGCGUGACAGUGGUGGAGAAGACGGCUGCCGCUUGCGCUGCGUCAGGGAAGGCCGGAGGAUUUUUGGCCCUGGACUGGUGCGAUGGCGGCCCAUUGGGAAACCUGGCCAGAGCGAGCUUUCAGCUGCACGCCCAAUUGGCCGACGAGCUCGACGGAGCGAGCUAUGGAUACCGGAAGGUCGACACUUUGAGCGUUUCCAUUGACGAGAGUGCCAGAGCCAGCGGCCGACCUAGCGCUGGAUCGUCUGCUCCGGAGUGGGUCACGGGCCCUGCCAAGAGUGCGAAGCCCAUCGGCUCCACCAAAACCACAGCUCAGGUCCAUCCAGAGCUCUUCACAAAGAAGGUACUCUCGGUCGCUGUGGAGAAGUACGGGGCCAAGUUCAUGAUCGGGGAAGCUCAAGAGCUCAAUGUCGAAUUGGAUGGGCUAGUGCCGCGCGUGAAAGGGCUAUUCGUCGAUGGCGAAUUGAUCGAAGCAGAUUCGGUCGUCAUAUCUAUGGGGCCUUGGUCUGCCACUAACAAAUUGGUUUCUGCUCUCACCACAAUCUCGCCUCUCAAGGCACACAGCAUUGUCCUACGACCCAAGCCGGAGGCCGCAAUCACACCACAUGCGCUGUUUUUGACCUACAGAACAAAGGAGGGAGUUACCAUGGACCCCGAAAUCUACCCCAGACCGACGGGGGAGGUUUAUGUCUGUGGCAUGUCCGAAGAGACAACACUUCCAUCGGUCGCAGAUCAAAUCUUCCCGAAGAAACAGUCGAUUGCAAUGUUACAACGAGUGGCAGCCACUGUCUCCUCGCACUUGGGAGAUGCAGAGAUGGUCACAGAGCAGGCCUGCUUCUUGCCGUGUUCCGAGGACAGCCUUCCUGUGAUUGGGAAGCUUCCCAACGUCGAAGGAGCGUACGUCGCUACGGGCCACAGCUGCUGGGGAAUCCUGAACGCACCAGCCACAGGAGCUGCGCUUGCAGAGCUGAUCACAGACGGUGUGUCCAACACAGUGAAUCUGAAGGCUUUCGAUCCCGCGAGAUUUAGCAAACCGGUCAGUGCCUACUUCGGAAAGUCCACUGCUUAGAUCGGCUGUCGCCCCGCAGUUGGGAUGUACAUACGACGACCAUCAGGUUAGAGAAGAGUUGUAAAUAUCGUCAUGAGAAGGCGUUGCCUGAGUUGGGUACUCUUACGAGAUAGCUAGAUCAGGAAAUGCGAAUGACUUAGGAGUGUGACUGUAUGGAGCACCUCUGUUUGUAGCCCACAAUAUUUUGAAAAACGAGAUGAAGCACUUUACUGCGUGUUCUCG